UUAUAUGAAACAAUUUUAGUGAGACGAAGGGAGUACUACGAUGCUCAUAAUGUUGUCUUUUAUUUACCAACUAAUAUCAUUAUUGAUUGUUGUCAUAUGUCACUUUUCAAUUUUUUUUUUUUUUUUUUUUUUUUUUUUUUUUUUUUUUUUUUGUGUGUCCAUCUAAGUGUAUUUGUGUGAUUAGUAGUUAUCUUAGAAUUGACAGUUGACUUAUACUGACACCAUUGCUACUCUUGCAACUUCCUUUAAUUUACACACCACUUUCUUAAUCUCUCUUUCUCUUUCCUUUGAAUGAUCACAAAGUUUUGCAAUUUUGCAUUUAAUAGUAGUAUAUACUUUUCUUUUCUUUUACUUGUAUUUUUUUUUGGAAUUUUAUUGACAAUUUAUCAAAUAUUUUUCAUCAAAGAUGAAAGCUACUGAAUCAUGUUCAUCUUCAGCAUCAACAAGUAGGGUGCUUUACUCUUUUUGGCUAAGUUCUUGUUCGUGGCGGGUUCGAUUUGCUUUAAACUUAAAAGGGCUUCAAUAUGAGUACAAACCAGUUGAUCUUAUCAAAGGGGAGCAAUUUAAUCCAGAAUUUGAGAAGAUCAACCCACUUCGUUAUGUUCCAGUUCUUGUUGAUGAUGGAGUUGUGGUUUCAGACUCGUUGGCUAUCCUUAUGUACCUAGAAGAUAAGUAUCCUCAGAAUCAACUUUUGCCGGCUGAUCCUUGUAGACGAGCUCUCAACCUUCAGGCUGCGAGUAUUGUCAGCUGCAGCAUGCAACCACUUCACAUGAAAUCAGUGCUGGAGGAUAUUGAGAAGAAAGUUGGGCAAGAGGAGAGUAUAACAUGGUCCCAAAUUGUUAUUGAAAAGGGUUUCUCUACUCUUGAAAAGUUACUAAAAGAUUUUGCUGGAAGAUAUUCUACCGGAGAUGAAGUAUCCAUGGCAGAUGUAUUUCUGGCACCACAGAUUUCUAUAGCAAUGGACAGAUUUAAGACUGAUAUGUCGAAGUAUCCUACAUUACGCAGGGUGUAUGAAUCAUGUGAAGCAAUGCCGGAAUUUCAAGCCUCUAUACCUGAAAGACAGCCAGAUGCAAAGUGAGUGUAGCUCUGCUAGAGUCCUUCACCAAAGUAUUUAAGCAGUAAAGGUUUUUUGGAGUUGAGUAUGUCGUGAUGUAACUUUAUAAAAUUGAAUAUUAGAUCAUUGAUCAACAAGUUUUCGAUCUCUUCAUUUUGUAUCAAACUUUGAAGCUCCUUCUACUUAGGGGCGUUGUGCAAUUGACAACCCUGCACAUGCUCCAUGCU